CUUGAAUUCAGAUUAGAGGAUAGACGCUAACACUUUCCAGGGGUCUUCAGAAGCCAUUAUGGAACUACACGAAGACGACCCCGAGCACUUUGAGUUCCUUCUUAAGUUCAUCUACACCGGCGCGUACAACAAGCAAGAGAUCACUAAGCUUGCAGCCGACGAUAGGAGCAAGCGCGUUCUUAUCCCGAUCGGUGUCCACGCUGUCGCCGAUAAGUACAAUGUUGCUAAACUCUACGAACCAGCCGCAGAGAAUGUGAAGGCUGUACUUCUAGAGGCUGUCAAAGACUAGGCCGUGAUUAUCGUCGCGAUCCAGGCCCACUACGGUACUGAAGUCAAUUCCGAUGGCUCUAUGGGAUGUCUCAUAACUUCGG